AUGUGUGCGUGCGCGUCUACGCUUCUGCGCGUAGCUGCCGUGAAAAACGAUCGUCGAACGACGACAUGAACUCGUCCACUCGUCUCGGUGUAUUUUGUCCGCCAUUAUAAUGAAUGCUUAUAAAGAGGAAUUAUAUGGAGAUUAUCCGAAUUUGAAUAAUAACGAAUUGCCGUGGAUAAUUGGUUGUCUACAUACAGAAAACAUGGAGGCCGCCCAGAAGUUUUUUUUGCGGAGCUUAUACAAAGAUGUGAAGAUACAUGAAAUCACACGAUGGAAAAGAAAUUGCCAGCCAGUAUGUGUGUAUACGGUCGUUUACAAAAUCAAGGAUAAGACUCCCGAUUUAAGUGGAAAGGAAAUCCUCAUUCCAUUUCCAGAUAAUGCGGGAGAUUUAAAAAAAAUGUUUCGUCAAGUUACUGAAAUGGUUUUUGGAAUGCGUGUGGUCGGAAAAAAACUUAGUGAUGAUGGAGUCUACGCAUCAAUAAGCUAUGCCCCGGUUCGUUGUGCAUGCAAUGUGCGGGAUUUUGAUAUGGCUGCAGAGGAGCCUCGCAUGCAGCCCGUAAUUACAGAGAAAAAUGGUGUUGAAAUUGGAAAACUCGCUCUGUAUUAUGCCCUAAAUGAGGAAGGCCCCCAUACUAUCCUCGUCGGUAUGAAUAACACUAAUUUGCUUAAAUGCAACCUGGAUGUGCUCCAUAACGGACUGAGUGAUAAAGAAAAGGAAGUGUACAAUCACGUGAAAAAUAACGUGUUUGCAAAACUGAAAAAGACUGAUUGGGAAGGUGUUGAAGUGGCUCGGUAUUGGGACACGGUCAAGGCUUGAUUCAGUAUUUUAUUUUUCAAAUAAACCGUUUUAAUUGCUUUCA